AUGACACCAGCAACACCACCGUCUUCCAGGGAACAGCAAAGUGAACCUAGACCACAGAGGACUAACUUCCAAGAAGAACUGGUAGAACGUAAGAGAAUUCUGAUGGAGACACCAAAAAAGUCGUCGCAACUUGACGCCCCUGUGACGCCCUCCACUGCAAGGCAAAUUGAUAAGCGAGUACCUCUACUGGGUCCUCCACCGGCUGAGGACGGUGACAAGUCACCGUUCAAAGGAUUCCACUCCCCAGAAUACACACCGCACAGAUACUCGACCGGUAAAAGGCGGCCCCUGCAGUUCGAGCAACCAAAGGGUUUGCAGAGAAUAAGUCGCGUGCUAUUUCCAAAGGUUGAUGAUGUUAAGCAUAAUGAUGAUGUUCAAAUACAGGCUUCAUUGCUGCCGUCCGCAGCAGGAUCUUCUACUGCGAGGAGAAGGCCGUCUACCGAUAUUAGGUCAGACUGUAAUGAUGAGUAUUGGAGUGCUCAAUUCAAACAUUCUAAACAAGACCCAGGAACACCAAGUCAUAAAGUGGUGACUUACGAGAUGGCUGAGAAGUGGCAUAACAGCGAAGCACAGGGAGACGAAAACGAAGAUUAUUCGGACAUUUUGAUUACGGAGUCAACUUCAUCAAAUCCAUUCCUGUCAACUGAAGUGGCUGAUGAAAAAACAAGGGAACAGCGUAGAAAAGUGUUGCUAGAAGAAAAUCCUGACAUUGAAGACGUAAUAACCUACCUUGAUAAGAAGGGAAACGUGGUCAAAAAGGUGCAUUUAUCGGAACACGAAAAAAAAGUAUCAAUGCCGAGGAGGCUUUUUGAUGAGCAAUUGAAAGAACUAGAAUCCAAGGAAGACCGCUAG